GAGGACUCUGGAGGAAAAAAAGCUCACUAAGUGGUAAACAAAUGUUAUCUGUGUCUCUGUAACAUUUCACUUCUUUCAUAUUCAAUAUUUAUCUACAUUUUAACAGCGACCAUGAGCUGAGAAACACCUUCAUGAGCAAACAAAUUAAUGUAUUGCCAAUGAUGGCAUGCUCGCUCCAUUAACGACUACGGAAAAUCGCACAUACAUCGCAGCGCAUCCUCGUGCACUUCUGGGCGUGUGCAGGAUAUUUUGCUACAAAUUGCACGCGUUAUGUUAUUUAAAUAUACUGCAGUUCUUCCGAUGCACAGUCGAUUAAUCCCUGCAAUUCUACAGUAUGUAAAGAAGGCCCAAAACUGAACAACUCUGCGUUGACAGAUCUGUGUGAUAAAUGAAGCCUUGCAGCAAAUGGGCUGUUUGUUUAGGGUGUUCAAACAGGCAGGAUAUCAUGGAUCUGAACGAAAAGAGGCCCAACAAGUGGUGGACUGAACCUGACACGUUUGCAAUGUUGGCUCUCAUAGAGCAGAUGGGUUUAGUCCAUGAGCUUGACAAGAAGCGUCAACGCAACGAAUCACUUUUCCGUCAACUCCGGCUCAGUCUGGCCAAGAGGGGCAUCCACUUCACCGUCACCCAAAUCCGAAAUCGCUGGAAAAGUCUCAAACACAAAUACCGCAAGAUCAAAAUGGCCAGCUACCGGAGUCCCGCUGCACGCCUUUCUGCUGUAGAAUCAUUCCGUUAUUUCCAUAUGCUGGAUCACAUGUUGGUGAGCAAACCGAAUACUGCAAACGAGGAGGACCUCACUGAUGGUCACAGCCCAGUUGAAUGGUCACUCACGGACCUGGAUGACCACAAAGAGAGUCCUUGGCCUGAAGGCAUAUUCCCUAAAUUUGAGCCUGAGAACAUUACUGCUAAACUGGAACCUGAUGUUGACGAGAGUAUGAAUCCAGAAGAUGUGGCUAGCUCUGAGCCUCCGAGCUGUGCUGUUGGACCAGAUGAGGUCAUGACUCUGGGUUUGUCGGGAGAAUAUCUCUAUGCAGUGAAGACUGGACCGACAUCCCUUUGCAAUCCCAACAGCACAGAAAGUACAAGAGAGGCUGCAGACUGCAGCCAAGAUUAUUUCCCAGGAAUGUCUGAGCAGACCAGUAGCCUCAUGCUUCAGCAGCUCACCAUUCUGAACCACCGGCUUGGAGAACAGCUGUCUGAGCAGAAAGCCUUCCAUUGCAGCAUGCUGGGAAUGAUGGAUCGCCAGAUACAAGUCCUGGAACAAUUCUCCAAUUUCACCAGGAGCCACCAACCCAAACCUGAAUCCACUGAGAUGGACUCCUCAAUUAGUCAGAAGGUCAAUGAAGCCAUGCUGCGCAUCCUGGAGGCUCAAACACAGACACUUCAGCCGUGCCCCCUGUUCCCCAUGCCCAAGACAGAACCUACCCCUCCCCCUUGGAAGGUCUCAGUCUUGGAAGUCCACAAGAGUUCAACACCCGUUGAGGGAGAGUCAGGCAGUGAAACUAAGACCUCUCAAACCAUAGAGGGGUACAAACACAGCCCCUCUAGCCCACCUUCUUUAGAGACUUCAUCCUCAACCAAGGCUGCAAUUUUGCAGAAUGGAUUGUGUCAUCACAACUAAGUGCUUAUUUGAACAAAACAAACAAGCCUUUUGUCCUUAGGGUGGUUUCACAUAUAGAACAUGUUAAGUGAACCAAACCCAGUUCAAGUUAAAGUGAACCAGAAAGGGAACCAGCUGCAAAUUACCUCAGUGCUUUUGGUGUUCACAAUGUUAGUGGACUUAAAAGAGGACCCAGUUUCUUUUUUGGUCCUCUUCACAUUUUUGUGGUCUUAGACACAUUGUUCACACCACAGCUCCUUAAGAACUCAGACCCCAUUGCAGCUAGGGCUGUCACGAUUAUGAAAUCUGGCUGACAAUAAUUUUCAUAAUUAAUUGCUAUUAUUAUUAGCAAUUGUCAUACAAAUUGUCAUACUUCUUAAGGUCCACGGAUGCUUAUUACAGAUAGGCCUACACCUUAAGAAGUAAUUUAGUGAUGUUUAACUUGAAAUCAUAUAAUAAAAUGGGGCUAUAUGAUUAUUUUUUUAUGCUUUAAAAAAUAUUAAAUUUUUUUCUUAAAAAAUUAUUGCACAGGGAUAUAAUUACAUAAAAAGUAAUAACUUAUGUUACAUCAUUUAUGAAACCCAGGCAACACCAGCAAUUAAAUUACAUUAUGCAAUUGUAAAAAUGUAAACAGUAUUUCUGUCCUAAAUUCUUCACUAUCUCAUGUUAUGUUAAGGCUCUCCAAUAAAACCUACAAGCGCUUAUUUCACAUGAAUUAAA